AGCUGAUUAGAAAUGAUUAAUAAAUGGAUGCGAACGUUUCGUUUCUCUUUCAUUUCUCUUCGCGAAUCUCUCCGACUUCAUCUCUCUUAUAUCUCUAUUUCUAAAAACAUUUGAAAAUUUUUCUCUCAUAUAUGUCUGUUCUCUAUCUUAAUCUUAUCAGAAAAGGAACGUGUAAAUUGUGUUUCUUUACGAGUAUCUCGUGAAAAUAGAAGGUACGAAAGUGUUAUUAAGAUUUUUGGUUCGUGUGGUUUUUAAUUUACGACUUUUAAAAAACUCUGAUUUUGAUACGCGUGUGUGUGCGUUUCUAUGUGAACGUGCGUGCACGUGUACGAUAUGAGAGUGAAAGGACAGAAGCAGACAGGCGAUAAUUUCUAUCAUUGGUAUAUCAUCAGGAGUAAUCAGAGGGAGCGGUCUUGUGGGAAAACUUUGAAGAAUUGGAUUAAAUCGGAAUCACUUCGAUAGUCAUCAUCAUGGACAUCGACCUACCUAAAGAAGCUCCAAAAGGCGAAACAUCGCAACAUACAACCAUUGAAAAGUCCAAUCUAUCGAAGAGAACACGUUGGAGACAAUGGCUAGCAUCGAUUUCAGCGACUCUAUCGAUGGUAGCAGUUGGAACGGUUUAUGGUUGGACAACGACGAGUCUUUCGAAGUUGAUGUCGAAGGACAGCGACGCCCCAAUGAGGAUAACCGAGGACGAGUCAUCUUGGAUCGUAUCGUUGACCGUGAUUGGCUCGAUGAUCGGUCCCUUUUUGGGUGCCUAUCUAGCUGAUAGAUACGGCCGAAAGAGGUGUCUAUUGUUUUCUAGCGGAUUUUACAUCGCCGGCUGGACUAUUGUAUUUUUUGCAACAUCGGUUUCGGCUCUCUACGCUGCCAGAGUUAUUUUGGGUAUUGGCGUUGGCGUUUCUUACACGACCAAUCCGAUGUACGUGUCCGAAGUGGCUGAUGUAAACAUUCGUGGAGCCCUAGGAACGUUAAUAGCGGUUAACGUCUUCACCGGGUCACUCUUGACCUGUAGCAUAGGUCCAUGGAUCUCUUAUCGUACUUUGGUCGUCGUACUACUGAUCAUCCCAAUUGUAUUCAUCCUCACAUUCAUCUGGUUCCCCGAGAGUCCACAUUUUCUAGCUGCUAGAGGCCGCAAGGCCGAAGCUUCGCGAUCGUUAGCCUUCUUUAAAGGUAUCAGAGACCGCGACGAGGCACGAAGAGAACUGGAGUUGGCUUUGCAAGCUGGCUCGAACGAGGACUCGAGGGAUAACAAGAUAGUAGCAGACGAUCGAAUUAACAAAGUUGUCUCUUCUUCCACCUCCUCGAGUGUAACCAACGGCAAAGAAGAAAAUGGUCUGAAGACUGUCCUGAAUAAAGUUAAACUAAUGCUCCUGCCAACAAAUAGUCGAGCUCUCUGUAUAAUUCUUGGCUUGAUAGCUGCUCAACAACUAAGUGGCAACUUCAGUACCAUACAAUAUUUAGAAGUAUUAUUCAAUCGUGCCUCGGUAGGCAUAGAUUCGAACAUCGCAACUAUACUGGUAUUAGCCGUUGGUUUGGUAUCGGGUGCGUGUUCAACCGCGACCGUCGAAGGUGCAGGAAGACGACCAUUACUUAUAUUCUCAACGUUGGGCUCAUCGAUCACUUUAGCCAUUCUAGCGAUAUACUUGAUGUUGGACGCUAAAAAAUUCAACGUAUCCUCCGCUAAUUUUCUUCCCGUCGUCGUAGUGAUACUCUUUCAAGUGGCAUUUCAAAUAGGAUUGGGUACUCUACCUAACGCAUUGAUCGGUGAACUUUUCCCAACGGAAGUUAAGGGAAUAGCCGGUGCCAUUGUUACUGUGUUCGACGGUGUCCUUGGUUUCGCAGUGUCUAAACUUUAUCAAGUGAUUGGCGACAUACUCGGUGCUUACGCAGUUUAUUAUUUCUUCUCUGCUUCAUGCUUGCUAGCAUUCUUUAUGGUGACGUUUCUAUUACCGGAAACCAAAGGUAGAACCUUUCGUGAGAUUCAACGAUUAUUGGCUGGCAACGCGAAAAAGAUGUCGUCUCGUCGUUUCGACGAUUUAGAGGAAGGUAAAGCGUGACGGAAGGAUCAGCACCGUGGCCAAUUCUCGUCCCGGUGCGUUCUCGAGCACUUUAUGAUAUCGAUUAUCUCAAUAACGAUCGAUUCCUCGUUUCUUCAUUGUCAUUAUUAUUUGCUACCCACGUAUUCGUUCACAAAUAAAAUUAUCUUUGCCAAAAACUA